CUGCGUGUCCCCACACUAACAUCCAGGCUGUGCGAACUAGUGAGUUCGCCCCGAGCCGAGACCCAAGCUUAACAAUUUUGAGGAACUAUGAAGUUGCUGGAGCUGGAUAUUUGGCCAUAAAAAUGCUUCCACUCCCAGGAGGCCAGACAGAAGACCCAGACCACUAGAUUCGAUAGCUAUGGACCUGUCUUUUGUUCUGGUCCGCCACAAUUCGGACGUGCAGUUGGAGUUUUACAGCUGUUCCCCGAAUAUCACGGGUCCGCUGCAGCUGCAAUACCAAGCGUCACACCCUGCCUUGACUCCUAGCAUCUAUCGCUGUCCAAAUCUCGCGUUUGAUUUCUUUCACAAGGAGCUUCUUAUCUCUGUGUGGAAGAAAGUUGGCAAUAUUUCGAGUACUUCCACAUUAGCGCUCCAUCGCCUAUCAUCCUAUUUCGCACUUGGGGCCACUGAGACGGGAUUCGAAGCCUAUCCCAAGAACCUCGGCAGCAGCAGUGUUAUCUACUACCAGAACCAAACAUAUGUAUCGCGGACUACUGUGGAUAGACAAGAAGCGCCGUCGGGUGUUUCCUUGUCAAUUCGUCCUUCAACGCAGAAUGCGAAAUGGACCACCUUACCUUUGAAAGCGACUCGAUCUACCAAGGCAAUCAGCUCGCAACUUCUGUCCCAAUCCUCUGUCAAAGGAAACUUCAAAUACGUCCACCAUGCCUGCCAGGCGGAUAAUGGGACAUUGUUCAUCGAUUCCGUGAAGGACACGUUCUUCAUGGAUUUAUCACCGGAUAAUUCCAUUUUCUGGCAAAGCGUCGAAAUUCCGAACUCGGCAAGUCUCGGGGUCCGUGACGGAAACUUUUCUUCCUGUUUUCUUUUUGAUCAGGGCAACAACCAACAGAAAUGGAGAUUGUACAUCUUCUAUAUCACCAAGGACUCUGCCGAUUCUACGGAAUGCAAAGUGAAAUCAUUCUACAUUCCUCUUCGCCAAGACGGCUCUCUGGACAAGAACAAGGCCGAUUUCCAAGGUUUGCGGGAUAUUGACUCCUACGAUAUUGCAUCUGGCAAUAUCCAGCCCGGUCCUAUCACUGCGCGGGCACACGAAGGCAGCAAGACAGUUUGGUUGACGUACACUGUUGGUGGCGGCCGACCUCGGUGUGUCGUUGCCUCUUUUGGCGAGGAUGGAGAACUCCCUAAGUCUGGAUCGCAGUGGUCCAAGCCCGAUAUGGAGCUGGGUUUUGUGCCUUCUGAGAAGGACCUUUACACUGCAAUUUUCCUUCCACGGACUUACAUUGGAUGAUCAAGUCCGAACUUAGCUUUUGACCUAUAAUUCAUUUCCAUUAUCGUUUCAAAUAGUAAAUUAUGCCUCUCUUCCCACUUAGUUGAAGUUAAAUAUAUAUAUAUAUCCAUUAGCAACGAGUCACACGAAAUCCUGAAUCGU